AACUUGAUUAGUUUGUAAUAUUUUUUCAAAUAGUCUAAUGAAACCCUCAAUCAAAUAUAAAUAAAUAAAUUAAAAAAAUUUAACUAUAAAAACAAUAAUAAUAACUAUCAACGAGAAAUGCAUUAUUCAAAUAUUUAAGAGGAAAUAAUAGUGAAUAAUAUACUCUACUUAGCAAAGAAAAAUAAAAAAUUGAUUGAAAGUGAAAGAAAUCUACUAAAUAAAUGGUUCUAAGAUUCUAUUAAAAGUUAUAUUUUGGAAUCUACUGCAUCUACUUUGAUAUAUAAAUAUCUUAGGUUAAAAUCUUCUGCAGAUGUCAGAGCUUUCAUCCAUAAGCAUACAGACAAAUAUAAACCUAAAUAUAUGUCAAUAAUUGAAUAGUAUUUUAUCUAUAUCAAUUAAUGCAACUAAAAAGACCACUUUUUAAAAAAUCUUAACAAAAUUCUUAUGGAUCCUGUUGAUAUUACUCAUUUAAAUACAAACGAGUAAAAUUACAUCAUUUUAAAAACUGUAAGAAAGCAAUUUGUGUGUCUUCUAAUCCUAAAGUACUUUGAAAUUUUUGGAUAGCUAGAAAUUCCUUCAUUUUAUGAAUUGUGGAAUACCUUCUUUCCAUAAGCAAUUCAAAUUAAAAAAAAACGUUCAAAAUUUGACAAAUUACAUGAAAGAAAAAUGCCAGCAAGUGAUAUUAAAAAUCAAGCAGAAUUAAAUAACUCGCUUUAAAAUUCUUCUGACUCUUUUAUUAAUUAAACUUCUUUUGAUUUUUCUACCAACUAAAAUCUCUCAAAUUAAAAAGAAUUACCUUCAGAUUUUUCUUCUUCACAAAUAAAUAACUUUGAUUAAUAAAAUCUACAAUAAUCUGAAGAAGAAUUAACAUAUUAAAAGGUCCUCUAUUCUUAGAAGUAGCCUAUUAACAAUAAAAUAUUUGAAGAGGAUAGCUACUAAUAAGAAUCCAUGAGUCAUUUUCUCGAACUUCAUAAUAAUUAUCAUAAAUUUUAAUAUAUGGAGGACUUGAGUAACUAAAAUAUAUGCUAAUAAAACUAUUUAGAAAAUAAUGAAUAAAUCUGA